AUGGCCGCGCGCCUACUUGGGCAUGUCCCCCGUUAUACCGUUCGAGCUUUUGGCAUUCGUCGAAACGAAAAGAUCGCUGUUCACUGCACGGUUCGUGGCUCAAAAGCUGAGGAGAUUAUUGAUCGUGGUUUGAAGGUCAAGGAAUUUGAACUUUUUUUUACGGACACUGGCAACUUUGGGUUUGGAAACAACAAUGCGUGGCUUUUCCUUUUUGGGGAUUAA